AUGGAUGACCUGAACCACGAAGUCUUCACGUUUGGAAACCCCGUCGAGACUCGGCCAGUUGAGCGUGUCAUGACUGGCGUCGAACAAAUCGCCGCUCUGCAUGCUGGGAUCUGGGGUAUGUCUAUGGCUGACCACUCGUGGCUCACGCCUGCAACCCCAGAUUCAUCUCUGCUGCAUGGUGACCGUGAAACUGGUAACACAUACAUCGACGAAGUCGGCAAUCCGCGCUUCCUCGACUGGCAGACACUGCACAUUGGCUCGGCCUUCCACGGCUUCGCCUACUUCAUCGUCGGCGCUUUGUCCAUCGAAGACCGAAGAGCUUGUCGAGCCUCCCCCAGAUGCCGAGGAGACACAGUAGAGGAUGCCUAUUUCUAA